CAUUUGGAUUUGGAUUUUUUAUCAAAAUUUCCUCUAAAUGAUUACGCUAUGUAUCUAGAUGUAAAAGAUUUGACUUUAAAUGAUUUUUCUUUUAAAAUUAAAUUGGAAUAUUUUAUAAGAAAUUUUGGUGGUGCUAAUUCUAAAAAUCACGUACAUCGAAUAUUGGGAAAGUUUUUUAAUGACGAAUAUGCUACAAAAUGUACGAGAACUGGUCGUGAAAAAAAUAAAACAACAACAGUUGGACAAUCUGAACUUCUUAAUGUUUUAAAAAAAGUUGUGAAGGAGUGUAGCAGUGGUAAUUCUGUAGAAUUAACUGAUUCAAAGUUUGAAAAUAUUGUAGCUGAGUGGUUAAGAUAUGCAAGCAUAAGAUUAGCCAGAUCAAAGAGAGCUGACUAA